GGUCAUUGCUCCCACUCAAUGACCGGGGCAGAUACAUGUUCCAAGGAUCGCUGACUACCUAGACGACAUGCAUGUCAACGCUUCAGUACUACGACGCUAGGCAUUAUGCGGAAGGAGCCCCAAGUGAGCAGCGGGAUGGACCACUCGGUCGAGAUAUAAUCACCGUGCUCGACCCCACCCCUUGUCAAGUACACCAAGUAUAACAUUGGCUUCACCCUGUGCUCCCAGCAGCCGCAUUCUGUGCCAGAACCAGCACACGACACGAUCAAGAUGCACUGCAAAAAAGUCAUCGCCUUCAUAUGGAGCCUUUCCGCAGGCGUGCUGGCAACCUCGGUGGUGCCGCCCAGCGCCUGGGACUACCCGUACCCAUGGCCCGUCCGGUUCUAUAACAUGACGUCGCAGAGGCUCCAGCUGUCCAUGGCGUACAUGGACGUCGCCCCUGCUCCCGAAGCCGCCGCCGCCUCCCACAACCGCAGCACUGUGGUCCUCCUGCACGGCAAGAACUUUUGCGGCGCCACCUGGGAGCAGACGGCACGCGCCCUCUCCGCGCGCGGUCACCGCGUCAUCGUACCGGACCAGGUCGGCUUCUGCAAGUCCUCCAAGCCGCCGUCGUACCAGUUCUCGCUGCAACAGCUGGCCUUCAACACGCGCUCGCUCCUGGCGGCGCUCGGCGUCGACCGGUCCGUCGUGCUCGGCCACUCCAUGGGCGGCAUGCUGGCGGCCCGCUACGCCCUCAUGUACCCGGCGGCCACGGAGCGCCUGGUCCUGACCAAUCCGCUCGGGCUAGAGGACUGGAUGGGCCUGGGCGUACCCUACCGACCCAUCGACGAACUGUACAAGGGCGAGCUGGCCACGACGUACGACUCGAUCAAGGCGUACCAAAUGGCUACUUACUACGUCAACACCUGGAAGCCCGAGUACGACGUCUGGGUCCGCAUGCUCGUGUCCCUGUACAAGCUCCCGGGGGCCGAGGGCGAGACGUUCGCCUUCAACAUGGCGCAGGCGACCGAGACGGUCCUGACGCAGUCGGUGGUACACGAGUUCGGCAACAUCAGGGCGAGGACGCUACUGCUGAUCGGGGCACGCGACAACACGGCCAUCGGCAAGCAGUGGAGCCCCCCAGAGGUUGCGGCCCUGCUGGGAAACUACGAGAAGCUGGGCAAGGAGGCCAGAGAUCGCAUCCCCGCGGCCGAGCUGAUCGAAUUCCCGGACCUGGGCCACAGUCCGCAGGUGCAAGACUCUGAGGCUUACCACGCAGCGCUGCUGGGAUGGCUGGAGGCGUAGGUAGGCAGGUAUUAAUAGCUGGUAGUAAGGUAAGGCUGGUGCAUUCGAGGUCAAUAAAAUCAUGUUAUAGAGCCACA